AUGCCCUCUCAGCCCGACGCCAACUACGACGUGUCUGACAGGUUUGAGGAAGACUUGGAAUCCAUAGCAAUAUCCCUUCGGGGUGCGUCUGGAUCCGCUUUUGGAGAGAUGGGGCAACAUGGCUAUUUGGACCCAGCAACCCAGCCAGUCGUUCAACAGCUCGUCACCCCGUCCCGUGUCCCUCAUGAACAGCCCCCAUAUCCUCGUGACUCUCCUGCCUUCCGGGCGCCCCCUUAUCAACCUUAUCCACCGGCCCCUAAUACCUACUCGGGCAACACGCUGCGCACCUUCGGGUCGUCUUCCUCCAUGGGAUUCGAGGCACUCAAUCAGCCCUCUCUCCAUUACAAGCACCCCAUUGACAAUGCUGGGAUUCCCGGGGCCAGUCACUUGCCGGGGACGGAGCAGGUCGGGGUCGGGAGCAGCGUCGUGGCGAAGAGAGGGCGGGAGAGUGAGACCAUGACGGCUUACAGUUCGAAGAAGAAGAGCGCUACGUUCGAUCAAUGGAGGGGGGAGUGGGGAGGUCGCCAGACAGUCGCUACUAUGGGCUCCGCUGCUGGCUCAACUGUCGCUCAUCAAGACCAAAGCAACCCACCGUCGACAUCCACUCCUUUCCCAAGCAGCAUCGACUCAAGCGCCGUUCCUCACCCCAUUGCGACGUCGGAUGCUUUCCCUUUCGGACCUCUCCAAUCCGGCUCAGGGAUCAAUACCACGCCGUCGGAGAUCCCGUCUCUUGGCUCUAGUGUGUCUGUCAAUACCUUCAGAUCUGCCGGUAUCGGGUCGAAGUUCAGUGACAAACAGCAAUGGGGCCCGCCGCCAGGCUUCUUGCGGCCACAACAAACUUCAGGGUUGGACAUGAUGGGAAGGGGGGGUGACUUCGACGUCGCGGGAAGGGACAUGGGGACCCUACAUCAGCAAGAUUCCGGGCAUGGGCGAGAGAUGGGGAUGGGAGGGGUUGGAAGGCCUGAGGGAGGUGCCUAUCAGCAAGCUCAGCACCAAGGGCCAACGGCGCACGUCCGACAACGUCCAUCCUCAGUGUCAGCUCUCAUGGCGCCAAAUCAGAACCAGCAGUCAGACAGUGGUAUCGGCCCCAGUUAUGUUCCCCCAUCUUAUUUCUUUGGCCUUCCUGAUCCGGAACAGCCAGUCGCACCACCAGCGCACAAUAGCAGCGCCGUAGCUGCACCCCACUUCGACCAGACGUUCCUUGAGGAUACCGCCUCUGCUCAAGCUGCCGGUCAUGCAUCAGCAUUGUCAGUAACUCUUCCUCAAAACUCAUCACAGUAUGCACACGGUUUGGCUGCCCCUCCAGCCGGUAGUGCGCCCGACGCUGCCAGCCGCUCAGCCGUCGCCGAGUUCAUGCAGCCCCCACCAACCAUCACUCAAGGUAAUACUCAAGAGCAAGCCGUUGCACCAUUCGAGCCAAGUGAUGCGCCACACCCAGGGCCCACACAUUUCUCCCCAUCAAAAUCUAAAGCUGCCAGCGACAAAGAAGCAUUGGGGUACGACAUCAUCGGCAUCGGGGAAACCUUUCCUCCCAGAUUCAACCAUACACCCGCGAUGGUGGAGGCCUUCAACACAUUAUUCAGCACCGUCUAUUCGGAUAUAUACGCUCAACACGAGAGGCAGACGCCACAGGAGAAUGCGGAGAAGAACUAUACAAAAACUGCGAAGGGUUUGCGUGAUAAGGGCGAGACUGAGGAGUGGUCUAUUCAUGAGGCGAUGAGGCAGACGGAGAUUAAGUCACAAGAUGAGGUUCGAGCGCUGCAGGAGAGUGCUCUGGCACAACAGCAAAUAGCAGAAAAUAUUCAGCAAGCUGGUCAAGUCGACCCGCCGGCACCAGCAGCUCACAGUCUUCCGCGGAAAUCACCCAAGGAACCGUAUCUGGCGACCACGGCUCAGCCGAGCAAUAUCAACUGCAACGGCACGAGGGAGAGUGGAAUGAGAGAAGUGGGAGUAUCAGGGGCGGAUCGGAGAUGGAUUGAUUGA